UGUGUUGAGGCGGAGGCUGUCAACUGCAUUUUAAUGCGCUCGGGCACACGCCGACGUUCCGAAGAAUAUCGAGACUUGCGAAUACGCCUCUUUCCCACCCUGCCUCUCUAAUUCAUCCUGUCCCUCCCUCUUUUGCUCUGCUUCUAUUGCUCACACUCGCUUUCGCAGCUCUUACAUUCUCGAGCACCAUCUCCCUUGUCAGGGAAAAGAAGCAACGGGGCGGUGGCGGUGUUGGAUUCAUUUGCUGGUUGUGCCCCCUGUAACCUCAAUGGUCCACAUCUGGACGAGUGAUUGACUGUCAGAUCUGGCAAGUGAGCAGUUACCAUGACAACAGAGACUGGCCCAGAGUCAGAGGUUAAAAACACAGCUGAAGAGCCCCCCCAGCAGAGGGGGGCUGCCACCGGUGUGCAGGACUCUGCGGCUGACGGCAAGAUGGCCAAACAGGAUCAGGAUGCAAAACUGCUGGACGACCACGGGAACAUGGACGACGUUUCAGACAAGACCACGCCCAGCAAGAUCCCCAAAUCCCCCCAAAAAACGUCCAAACGGCCAAAGACCGUCCCUUUCAAGGUGACACUGCUGGACACCUCGGAGUAUGAAGGUGGCAUUGAGAAACACUCUCGAGGGCAGACCCUUCUGGACAUGGUGUGCGAACACCUCAACCUGCUGGAGAAGGACUACUUUGGCCUGACAUUCUGUGAUGCUGACAACCAGAAGAAUUGGCUGGACCCCUCCAAGGAGAUCAAAAAACAGAUGCGCACUGCCGCAUGGCACUUCGCCUUCGCCGUCAAGUUCUACCCGCCCGACCCCUCCCAGCUCACAGAGGACAUCACCAGGUACUACUUGUGUCUGCAGCUGAGGGACGACAUACUGUCAGGCCGCCUGCCCUGCUCCUUCGUCACGCACGCCCUCCUGGGCUCCUACGCCGUGCAGGCCGAGCUGGGCGACUACGACCACGACGAGCACGGCGCCGACUACGUCAGCGACUUCCGCUUCGCUCCCAACCAGACGCGCGAGCUGGAGGAGAGGGUGAUGGAGCUGCACCGUAACUACAGGGGAAUGACUCCUGCAGAGGCAGAAAUUAACUUCCUGGAGAAUGCCAAGAAGCUGUCCAUGUAUGGGGUAGACCUCCACCACGCCAAGGACUCUGAAGGGAUCGACAUCAUGCUGGGAGUGUGUGCCAACGGGCUGCUGAUAUACCGAGAUCGCCUGCGGAUCAACCGCUUCGCCUGGCCCAAAAUCCUCAAAAUCUCCUACAAGAGGAGCAACUUCUACAUCAAGAUCCGUCCAGGAGAGUAUGAACAGUUUGAGAGCACCAUUGGCUUCAAACUACCCAACCACCGAGCUGCCAAGAGGCUGUGGAAGGUCUGCAUUGAACACCACACCUUCUUCAGGCUGGUGUCUCCAGAACCUCCGCCUAAAGGCUUUCUGGUGAUGGGCUCCAAGUUCCGCUACAGCGGGCGUACGCAAGCCCAGACACGCCAAGCCAGCGCUUUGAUCGAUCGCCCUGCACCACAUUUCGAGCGCUCUGCCAGCAAGAGGUACCUGCUGUCCCGCAGCCUGGAUGGAGAAUUGUCCCGCUCAGCCUCUGUCCUCGGAGAGAACCAGGACGGCCUAUCCCAGCGCAGCAUCAGCGAGCGCCAGCCCCACCCAUCUGGGGAUGAGGAGGGUGACGCCCUGGACCAGACCCUGGUCCAAGACCAGGACAAGAUCCAGGAUGAGAACGAGGAAGGCCCCAUCACGCCCACAAAAAAGAGGGAACUGAAGAGCGAAGAGCCGCCAACUGAUGGUGUCAAACAGGAGAAGGAGGAUGCAGAGUCACCUGUUGACUCUAAACAGGAGUUGGACCAGGAUUCCACCCCUCGACACAAGGAGUUCCUCGAUAAGUCUGAGGAUGUCCUACUAAAGCACCAGGCCAGUAUCAACGAGCUGAAGAGAGCCCUAAGGGAACCCAACAGCAAGCUAAUGCACAGGGAAAAGCGUCUGUCCAGCUCCUCCCCCGAGAAGCGCUUGUCGGGCACCUCCCCAGGGGGCACGCCUGAGAAGAAGGCUGUGUCGGGAACAGCAGGGGAUAAGGACCCUGUGAACGGCCACUCUCUAGAGGGCUUCAUCCAGAAGACUGUGGUGGCAUCUCCAGAGGGCUCUGAGGAGUGGGUUUUGAUUGAGAAACAAGAUACUUGUCAAAAGGACCAUGAAUCAAAUGAGGAGAAGGGCAAAGCUGUUACCUCCCCACAGGCUGUAAUGGCUGAUUCAAUGUGGGAAAGAAGGAGAGAGACGGAAAGAGAGCGAGAAGUUAUCAAAAUGAUUCACAUUGAGGUGACCAGAGAGGAUGGCCAGGAAACAAGAGUACAGAUGGACAACUUUCCAUCACCAGUCGCACAAAAAUCACAAAGUAGCACUCAUCCAGUGGAAGAAUCUACAGCCACGACCAUGGAGACAAAGGAGCAACAGCCAUACAGAGUUAACAAGGAGAGGAGACCUCAAAGCUUGAACCUUGGAAUGUCUACGGAAUUUGUGUACGAGAUAGAGGGAGAGGGGUCUGAUGGCGAUGAUGAGUCAGACAGUGAUGGAGGACACUCUUCUUCAAGAACAGAGUCAGAGCAAGUGAGGUCUGAGGUCCAAACUGAAGAGCAGAGACCUGAAGAAGCUAGUCCUAGAGACGAGAUGCCAGCAGUCUCUGCCAAUUUGCAGGAUAAGUACACUGAUGGCAAUGUGGGAGAAGACAAGAGGAAGCUUGAUCUCAGUGUAGAAGAAGAGCGAAAGGCUUCUUCUCAGGGAAAGCUUGUCUCCAUUAGCACAGAGAAGCUCACAGAGUGCAAAGGUGUGGAAGACAAACCAGCGGCUGAAGUUGGGGGCUCUGCAAAUGGUCCUCUAGAAGUAGAAAAGAAGCAGGAAGUGCUGCUGGUGGCCAUGGAAAUGGAAGAGGAGCAAGCUGAACCAAACCACAGGUCAGCAAAGCCUGUAGUACAUGAAAGCUGGGGGGGCUCACCAAUUGAAACAUUGUCUGAAUAUGCAGAAAGAAUAAGAGAAGAGACUAUAGAGACAGAAGCAAGUGAUGGGAUGCUGCCAGACACAGCCAAUCAAAAGAUGCCUGACCGUGAUGGACAAAGAAUUGGCACAGUGGAAGUGGCUAAGCUUAACAAGGCUGAAAGAAAGCCCAAUCACAAAGGAACUGGGAUUAAUCAUUCAGAAAUAACCAGAAUUGUGCCCCUCAAACCUGAACGCUCAAAAAGCUUAAGCAAAGAAGACAAGACCAUGUUUACUCAACGAACAGACACUAAUUCUGUGAGCACUGGGGCUAGAAUAGAUGACAUCCAGAUGGAGGAAUCAGGAGACAGACUAUCUUACAAGAAGAUUGACGAAAUAUAUCCUGCUCCUCCUCUACCAUGCAUGCAUCCCGCUCCCACUUCCACUGAAACUCAGGAAUCAACCUGUUGGCAAGCUGAUGAAUAUGAUGAGUCUCUCCAGCGCUUAGGGGAACAAGAGCUACAGGCUACAUGGAACCUGGCAAAAGGUGUGAGUCCUGUAGAAGACGUGGUGCUCAGGCAAGACAAGCAGGAUCUCUCUCAGACAAACCGGUCAUCCCAACCCUUUGGUUCAAAGCCUUCGGCUUCCCAUAGAAACGCACCUCCGACGCCUCCUGUUAAAACCCAGAAAGCCAGAGAGUCCGGACUCAUACUACGGAACAGCCGCGUUGCCAGCAAGGACCCUACCCUGGAUGCAGCCAAGAAGAGAAAUGCGGAGCCCCUCUCCACUCCUGCAAUUCACGAAGAGCCGCUAGAUGAAGCUCAGAGAGAGCCCUGGGAGAGGCGACCGGGCUCCGCCUGCGAGGAUGACCAGGACCGCGAGACGCUCUACAUGAAGGAGACCCACCUGGGCAUCGAGCGCAAGUGCUCCAGCAUCACCGUCAGCUCCACCUCCAGCCUGGAGGCCGAGGUGGACUUCACCGUCAUCAUGGACCUGCACACGGGCAUGGAGGAGUUCUCCAGGGGCAUGACCGAGCUCGGGGAGAGGGACCGCCUGCCCGAGGUGGGGCGCGACGACUUCGAGGAGACCUCCCGCUUCUACUCCGCCCGACUUAUGGCCAUGCAGGACAAAUCCCCUGUGGAAGACAGGCCCCCCGAAGAGCGUGUGCCCUAUGAGCCCCCUGUCGCCAAGAAAGAAGCCAGUGCUGUGAGUGCUGCCCAGCAGCUGAAGAAGACCGACUCCAAGACGGAGACGCAACCCAACGGGUCAGAGGUCACCACCACCAUCAUGGAGCUCUCAGAACAGAUUCAGAGUGAUUUCAACUGUCAGGACCCCCAAGUCCCCUGCACUGAUGUCAUACAACCAGCAGAGGGCGACCUGAGCCCACGUGUGAGCAGUGGGAAGGAGGCCCAUCCCCCCAGUUCUGAAAGUGGCUCGCCGGGAAAGAUGAGCGCUCUGGGGAGGGAGGCUGCGGUGUCUCCGCUGACUGUCACCACGGAAAACGUUACCUCAGCAACCACAACGCAUGUUACCAAGACAGUGAAAGGAGGGUACUCGGAGACAAGGAUUGAGAAGAGGAUCAUCAUCACGGGGGAUGACGACGUGGACCAGGACCAGGCUCUCGCCAUGGCAAUACAGGAGGCCAAGCAACAGCACCCUGACAUGCUGGUUACUAAGGCAGUGGUUGUCAGGGAAACAGAAUCUUCCUCUGAAGAGAAAUACAGGAAAUCUGAGUCCUGAUCUCUCUUGCCUCUGCCCCCAAGACGGUCCCUGGGAGUGGGGACAGGGGAAGAGCCUGGCCUGCAACUGCCUGACCACUGCCGCCGGUCCCCCAACACCACCCACACACUCAUCCCAAAAUCCACCCCCACCAGCCCACCCCCACCCUCUGCUGCUCAUACAACAGGACCACCAGGCCUACAUCUGUCUCUCACACACCAAACACACUUCCUCUCCUGCCCUUCCCUCUAAAACUGACUGUGAGAGGGCGUUAACCCCCCCCCCCCCAUUCCCGUACCCCACCUCCAUUCUCUCCAGCAUGUCCUACCCUUGUCCAGAGGACACAGACCUGUCACAGACAUGUCCUACCCUUGUCCUGCUGAGACAGAAGUCACAAAUGUUUUUGGUUCCACCUGACCCCAGCCCACCCCCCCCCCCAAAAUAACUCACCUGUAUGUAUUUUACGUAGAUGUGGUGAAUGGCAUUCUGUUUAAUUGCACUAUGUUUAGUAUUGAGGUUACCCCUAGAUUGGGAUGGCUCUGGGUUCAAAGACCCACAAUGCUCUUCUUGUACGACUCCUAAUAGAUCAGUGCAGCCAAGUGUCCCAUGUCAAAGAGUGGCCACUCUUCUUCAUCAGCCUUGCACAGUUAAACUGGAUGACAUCAUCCUGAUGUGAUUCAUUGGUUGGAUCCCUGAGAUAUAUAAUUGGUCCAGAUGCCACUCAAACCAGUUUUAUUUUUAUUUUUAAGAAUCCAGACCAUUGCAUGGCAUAUGUUUCAGAAUUCCUUAGCCCUCAAAAUAAAUUUACAGUGGUGGUUUCCCCCAUCUGCUCAGCCCUUGCUGACUACACAGAUGAAGUGUGAGAUUUCAUUGGGGGAGGGGAGGGGAGGGGGUGGAGUUUGGGAUCUGCAGCGAUGGCCAGCCCUUACUGCUUGCUGUUGCCGGCGGGACACAGGAUCCACAGCAGUCUUAUUAGCUUUUUAAACAUUUUUAAUAAUAGAAGAUCAGACUUAUGUCCAGUGUUUUUGCUUGUUCAUGAAAAUAAACAUAUGUAUCGAUUUAGAUUCGCAAACGUGCAUGCAUGUGUGAUAGCAAAUCUAAAAUAGUGGAGAGGACGAAACUGAAACUAAACGCGGCACGUCCCAGAAAUCCACGAGGUGCGCUUGGAGGACGCGCCCCUGCCUGCAAGGCUGCGUUGGAAGGCUGAACUCUGUGUCAAACGGAGCAGAGGGGACAGUGUCAGAGGGAGAAAACGCCAUGCAUGGAAGAGGAAAUGGACGGCACUUACGAUGAAGCAGCCAUGGAGCUGAACCCCUUCAGCAGCUCCGACUGCACACUGCGCUCUCUGGAUCAUCAGCUAAUGAAAACAUUGACGUGGUUUGACUACCUUCACAUUACAGGCUUUAUUCCAAAAAGAAAAGCAAAAAAAAAAAGAAACUAAAAACAAAUCUGGGUUCCUCUUUCUAAGUCCCCCCGCCCACCACUCCUCCAAGCCCACAAGUGGCAACUUGUCAUAUUUCUUCCCAGAAUCAACCCUUUCAUCCUUUUGCUGCCAUGUUCAAUCAAUACCGUAGUCAUGUAGUGAUUGGUACAAUUGGAUCACUGAAGCAAAUGGUUCUUCUAUAAGCGUUUUAUUCAUUUAUUUUGAAAUGUGAUAUGAUUUUAUCUUAUUUUUUUUUUCUAUUUGAAUUUUCUUCCAGAUAUUUUUAAGUUAUGGUGUAUGAAUUUGACAGUUGUAUUUAUAAGAAUGGUGAAUGUGAGAUGUGAGGUUCUCCCUCCCUGAAUGAGAGUGCUGCCUGUUUUCUGGUUCCCUUUUCAGACAAAGCCUGGGCUGACUGAACGGGGGCCCGAGUCCUGCCCUCGCCUGUGGGGUAACGUGGGUGACACCGAGGGCUAGUGUGCGACGUGUAGUAACCCAGCCAGGCUUCAUGUGUGAGCUCACUGGCCUUUCCUGGAGAGAGUUCUCCACUCAGAUACCUAUACGCAUGAAUCACAGUGCUUUAGCAAAAAAAAAAAAAAAAAAUAGGAAAGCUACAUGCACUUUAAGCAGACUAGUAUCAAAUGUGUGAAGCGACAACAAACUGGCCCUGCUGUACAUGCAGAUUCAUACUUUAAUGUGUGUAAACAAAGCAUUGGAUCAGUAGUUCGGAGGGGCAGGGUAUCUUCUGUGAGGUAAAUGCAAAAUUACUGACCACAUUGUCCUUGUGCCGACCUCACAGUUGUUGUCAUGAUCUGUGACCUUAGUUCUGCUUAAAAUGACAGCUAAGAGAGAGACAGUUCUGGUGAAGCUGAGGUUGGUCAGUACAGGGUAUGCGGUCCACACCUGCUCUACACAGGCGUCCACGGCUUUGUCUGCUCUUCCUCCUCUCUCCCUCUGAAAAAGGGUAUGGGAAGACCCUCUGCACUCGUCUUAACUGCUGUUGAGUUGUAUCUGUGAAACACCCUAAAUCUGACUGUAUUGAUUCCUUUCUAUGUUUUAAAGUCGGACGACACUGGAGUCCUUUGUUACUGUCAAAAGGUACUUUGUUUGCAGUGAGUAUAGCGUUGCCGUCAGCAAUGAUACUCCACAGAACUCCCCAGCUCUCCCUGUGUUCCUUUCACAUUCUUCAGAAACAUUUUUGGUAUGGUAGGUGAAAAAAAAAAUAGGGAGGGCCCUAUUUUGCAUCCAAGUGUAAAUGUAUUUACUUGUAACUAAAUUUAAAUGGUAACUAAGUACUAGUACAGUAAGUGAGUUGGGUACAAACAGUGGGUGGGAAAGGGGUUCUCAUCUUUCAUAUCUACAGUCAGUGCAAAGGCUCCAAAUGUAUCGUAAGGACUGUUACAGCACUAUGUCAUGGUGCUGUCAAAUUAAUAAUGGGUGCCUUACCGCCUGAGUCACUGUCAUUUUGUGAAACAAGCAUUUGGAGGUUUUCCAGUGGCUUCUUAUUUACAGGCCAAGUGCCUUGUAUUUAUUGGCAGUUGAGGCCUGCUGAGUCCAAGUAGCUGUUGACGUGUUGCAAGGGCUCUGCUGAGUGGACGCAACAAGCUCACAGGAGCAGGAAAAAUACAGCCUUGGGUUUGAGCUCCGCCCAUAUAGGAAGGCAAGUACCCCAACCGCAUCCAGUGACACAGGAGAGAUUGUGGCUUGAGUGGAAAGGGUAUCAUUGCUGACAGUCACAGAGGUCCUAUGUGGCCAGAUUUGUGAUGCGUUAGGUCCAUUUUUAGCGCCAACAAAAGAUUUGUGAGGGCAGUUUAACGGAAAGCAAUGCACCGGAUGAAAAAGAAUCCCAACAUGACACCUACUGCUCUGUGCACGGCUAGUAGAAACACUGACCUCCCCUACAUCUCCUUCCUUCUCCUUGCCGUUUCAUGCCUCACUUUUGCUCUACAUUGCCCCCUAGUGCUUGGUGGUGUGUGUUUGCUGUAUUUGCAUUCAGUCUAAGUGGAAUAAAUAAAAACAUACAUACAUUAAUGGA